GUAAAUUCCGAGUGGCGGUUGGCUUGUCGAGAGAUGAAGUUUCUCUAGCGCAAACUCUCCGAGACUGUGAUGUCCUUUAUGCAAUGCAUUUGCUAAGGUCGAAAUCUGCCAAUGCUCACAGUCCCUGGAGAGCUUUUUAUCUUGUAAUUCUAUCGAUUCAAUUUUCCGUACAACAUUACAGCAUUUUGACGGGCAGGGAUAGUUGGUUAUUAUUGCUUUCCCUUCCUUCCUCAAACUUUCCUCUUCUUCAGGCGUUGAUAUCCCAUUGCAUUUGGUAUUUCUUUUCUCCCCCAAAAUCUUGAUCUAUGAAAGCUCGUCAAAAAUUGUGGUCAUA